AUGGCAUUAAAGAAUCUGUUCACCGAGUCAACCCUUGCGACAUACAUUAAGAAAGUGCGCGCAGCCCCCAGGCAGUUAGUAUGGAACAGACACUUGCUCCUCUCAACGCUGUGCUACGCCACCGCAUCGAUGCCCUUGACUUGGGAUCAAGGCUCAUCCGGCACCAUUCCCAUCCUGCCCGGCUUCCAGGACCACUUCGGCUUCGGGAAUAGUAACGCUGGCGAACUGCGGUAUUUCGUUUCGAUCCCCUUCGCCGGUGCUGGCGUUGGCGCUCUAUUGUCCCUUUUUAUCAACGAUCGUAUCGGACGGCUGUGGUCGUGGCGGUUAUACACGGCCAUCUGGAUCAUCGGACAGCUGGUGAUGUGCUUCACCCCUACCUUAGGAGGCCUAUGGGUAGCCAGAGUUAUCUGUGGAUUAGGGAUCGGCCCAUUAACCGUCGUCGGCACUAUGUCUAUCGUUGAGAUUGCCCCUACUGAAAUCCGAGGCCUACUGGCGGUCUGGUUCAGUGUCCUGAUGUGUAUAUCCGGCGUGGUAUCCAUCUUCACGGUAUUAGGAGCAUACGUCCACAUCCCAACCAGCCGGCUGCAGUACCAGGUUGUAUGGUUCUCGCCAUGCGUGUUCUUUGCCCUGCUUAUCGGCGCAAGCUUCCUCCUGUGUGAAUCGCCUCGCUGGCUAUGGCUAGUUGGCCGCCACGACGAGGCGAUAGAAACAUUAGUUCUGUUACGUGGACUCCCAGCCGACCACCCCCGAGUCACUUCGGAGCUAGAGGAGAUCAAGAACGCAAUUGAACGAGAAACUACACAUUACGACGCCGGUACUUCGAGACUACUCGGUAACUUCAAAGAGACCUUCACUGUUCGCUCGAACCUGCGGCGCGUACAGCAGACGCUUAUCUCGUAUGCUCUGGCCCAGAUAUCCGGCGCGAAUUCGAUUACGUCUUAUUUCAUCCCGAUUCUGAAUCUCCUUGGUGAGGCGGGAGGAACGACCCAUAGUCUCUUCAUGAGUGGCAUGUAUAGCACGUCGAAGGUUUUCUUUACCCUGAUUGCCUCGUUGCUCCUUAUCGAUGCGCUGGGGAGACGGGGAUCGUUGUUCCUAGGCGCCUUCUUGCAGAUGGUCUCGGAUAUAUAUCUGGCUGUAUAUCUUAAGUAUGAACAGGCAGGGAAUGUCAAUAUGACCAUGUCCGAGGCGGCCAUUGGAAUGUUAUUCGUCCACGCACUCGGAUAUGCAAUUGGACUCUUCGUCCUCCCAUACGUAUUUGGGGGAGAACUCUGGCCGAAUCGCAUCCGAUCAUUUGGCGGCGCCAUUAGUCAAAGCUUCCACUGGCUGUUCUUCUUCGCCAUGAACUUCGCACUCCCAUCCCUCCUCACAGCCACAAAUAACUGGGGCGCUUUCCUAUUUUUCGCCGCGUGCUGCCUUAUUGCGAUUAUCUAUGUGUUCUUCAUGGUCCCUGAAACUUCGGGACUUAGUGUCGAGGAACUGGAUGCGCUGUUUGAGGGAUCGUGGUUUAAUGCGUAUAAGUACACCAGGAAGCGUAAUCAGAACCGCAUUUUACUUGAAGGGACGGAUCUUGAGCGUCAUGACCAGGAGGGGGAUCACGGCAGUUCAGAGUGGAAGCGACGGUCGAGCGACGGAGACAAUCUGAAGUAG